CUGGAUUAAUUACCCCAUUUUUAUUCUCUUGUUGGAUCAAUUACCCCUUCACCUUACCUCCUCUCCCUCCCCUCCUUAUGCGAACGAGAAGACAAGAGGAACAGGGAGGAUUUUGAUCUUAAUCUCCCGUCGUUGGAUUACUUACCACCUCCCUCUUUCUGUUCUCCCCUUCCACGGCGGCUUUACACCCCCGAUUGAGCUCCAGAAGACGAGAAAACGUUCUGAGUUCCUCUUUAAUUUUUUUUUUAAUUUUUUUUUUUUUUUAAUAUAUUUUUACCCCCCUCUCCCACACCUCUCUGUCUCUCCUCGCGGGUUAUUCCCCCUGCCACUAUUUCGCGUGCGUGUGUCUGUAAAUCCCUUAUUUAAUUGUAUUAUUAUUUGUGCGUGUGCAGAGCCCCCCUCCCCCUUUCCCUCUCGCUGUCUGUCUCUCCCUCUCUCCCUCUCCCUCUCUCUCUCUCUCUCUCUCUCUGUCUGUCUCUUUCUUUCUUGUCGGAGGCUGUGGGAUAAUGGCGUGUGGGUUGUGGCUGUGAGGAUGAGUUCCUGCUUCGUGCCGAACGGGGCCAGCCUGGAGGAUUGCCAUUCCAACCUCUUCUGCCUGGCUGAUCUAACUGGGAUUAAAUGGAAGCGCUACGUGUGGCAGGGCCCAACAUCUGCCCCCAUCCUGUUCCCGGUCACGGAGGAGGAUCCCAUCCUGAGCAGCUUCAGCCGCUGCCUCAAGGCCGACGUGCUCAGCGUCUGGCGCCGGGACCAGAGGCCUGGGCGCAGGGAGCUCUGGAUAUUCUGGUGGGGGGAUGACCCCAACUUUGCCGACCUCAUCCACCAUGAUCUCUCAGAAGAGGAAGAUGGGGUUUGGGAGAACGGGCUGUCCUACGAGUGCCGCACUCUGCUGUUCAAAGCUGUUCACAACCUGCUGGAGAGGUGUCUGAUGAACAGGAACUUCGUGCGCAUCGGCAAAUGGUUCGUGAAGCCUUACGAGAAGGAUGAGAAACCCAUCAACAAGAGUGAGCACUUGUCCUGCUCAUUCACCUUCUUCCUGCAUGGGGACAGCAACGUGUGCACCAGCGUGGAGAUCAGCCAGCACCAGCCCGUGUACCUGCUCAGUGAGGAGCACCUCACCCUGGCCCAGCAGUCCAACAGCCCCUUCCAAGUUAUCCUGAGCCCCUUUGGGUUGAAUGGCACACUCACAGGGCAGUCCUUCAAGCUUUCUGAUUCAUCCACAAAAAAGCUGAUUGGGGAGUGGAAGCAAUUCUACCCCGUCACAUCCAACUUGAAGGAGGGAUCUGAGGAAAAGCAAGAAGAAAUGGAUUGGGAGGAUGAUUCUUUAGCUGCUGUUGAAGUCCUUGUUGCUGGAGUGAGGAUGGUGUACCCGGCGUGCUUCGUGCUGGUCCCUCAGACAGACAUCCCUGCUCCCAGCUCCGUGGGGGCUCCCCACUGCUCCACUGCCUGCCUGGGGGUCCACCAAGUGCCUGCUUCCACCAGAGACCCUGCCAUGUCCUCGGUCACCCUGACGCCACCCACGUCCCCAGAGGAGGUUCAGACAGUUGAUGCUCAAUCUGCCCAGAAAUGGGUGAAGUUUUCCUCGGUUUCGGACGGAUUUAUCUCGGACAGUACCAGCCAUCACGGUGGCAAAAUCCCCAGAAAACUGGCCAACCAAGUGGUGGACAGAGUCUGGCAAGAGUGCAACAUGAACAGAGCACAGAACAAGAGGAAGUAUUCUGCUACAUCAAAUGGCUUGUGUGAGGAGGAGACAGCUGACAAGGUGGCAUCCUGGGAUUUUGUUGAAGCCACGCAGAGGACAAAUUGCAAUUGUUCAAGGCACAAAAAUCUCAAACCAAGAAAUUCAGGUCAACAGGGGCAGGCCCCACCUGUGGGCCCCCAGCAGCCGGCGGCUCCGAAGCACAAGACAAAUGAGAAGCAAGACAAAGGGGAUAAGCCACAGAAACGCCCUUUGACUCCUUUUCAUCAUCGUGUAUCUAUCAGUGAUGAUGUUGCCAUGGAGGCAGAUUCAGCGAGUCAGAGGCUUGUGAUGGCUGCACCAGACAGCCAAGUGAGGUUUGCCAAUAUCCGAACUGCCGACGGAGCGAAGCCCCCGCAGCUGCACGGGGCCGAGCUGGCGAACUCGCCGCAGCCGCCGCCGCUCAGCCCCCACCCCUGCGACGGCGCCGACGAGGGGGUGCCCAAAGCUCCCUCCACACCCCAGAGUCAACAUUUCUACCAGAUGCCAACGCCAGACCCCUUGGUCCCCACAAAAGCAAUGGAAGACAGGCUCGAUGGCUUGUCCCAGCCUUUCCCAGCCGCGUUCCCCGAGGUUAUAGAGCCCACCGUGUACGUCGGCACUGCCGUCAAUUUGGAGGAGGAUGAAGCUGACACGACUUGGAAGUAUUAUAAAGUUCCAAAGAAAAAGGAUGUGGAGUUCUUACCACCCCAGCUUCCAAAUGAUAAGUUGAGAGAUGAUCCAGUAAUACCUGCUGGACAGGAAAAUGUAACAUCAGUUACAGAAUUAAUGGUGCAAUGUAGGAAACCUUUGAAGGUUUCAGAUGAACUGGUGCAACAGUAUCAGAGUAAAAACCAAUAUUUAACAGCUGUAGCAACGGAAGCUGACCAGGAACCUGAAAUUGAUCCUUAUGCCUUUGUGGAUGGAGAUGUGGAAUUCCUAUUUCCUGACAGUAAAAAGGACAGGCAGAACAUUGAGAGGGAAGUGGGGAAGAAACACAAGGCUGAGGAUGGGACAUCCAGCGUUACAGUUCUAUCCCAUGAAGGAGAGGAUGCAAUGUCUCUCUUUAGUCCUUCUGUCAAGCAAGAUGCCCAGCGCUUGGCUGCCCACGCCCGCACUGCCUCGACCAGCCUGUUCCACGAGACAGACCUGGUGGUGUCCUACACUGACCUGGACAAUCUCUUCAAUUCUGAUGAAGAUGAACUCACACCUGGAUCUAAACGAACAGUGAACGGCACUGAUGACAAAUCCAACUGCAAGGAGGCAAAAACAGGAAAUCUAGACCCACUGUCAUGCAUAAGCACUGCAGAUCUCCAUAAAAUGUAUCCAACUCCCCCUUCACUGGAACAACAUAUUAUGGGGUUUUCUCCAAUGAACAUGAACAAUAAGGAGUAUGGCAGCAUGGACACUACACUUGGAGGAACAGUGCUGGAAGGGAAUAGCUCUACUGUGGGAGCUCAGUUCAGAAUCGAAGUAGAUGAGGGUUUCUGCAGCCCCAAACCUGCUGAAAUCAAGGAUUAUUCUUACGUUUAUAAACCUGAGAACUGUCAAGCUUUAGUGGGAUGUUCCAUGUUUGCACCACUGAAGACUCUUCCCAGCCAGUGUCUUCCUCCCAUCAAACUGCCCGAGGAAUGCAUUUACCGCCAGAGCUGGACUGUGGGAAAGCUGGAUCUGCUUCCUCCAGGCCCUGCCAUGCCUUUCAUCAAAGAUGGUGAUGGGAGCACCAUGGACCAGGAGUACGGCCCUGCCUACACCCCCCAGACCCACACUCCGUUUGGGAUGCCCCCGAGCAGUGCCCCUCCCAGCAACGGAGGGGCUGGAAUCCUCCCUUCUCCCUCCACCCCUCGCUUCCCAACUCCCAGAACACCAAGGACUCCCCGCACGCCCCGCGGAGCCGGCGGGCCUGCGAGCGCCCAGGGCUCAGUGAAAUACGAGAACUCGGAUUUGUACUCCCCAGCUUCCACCCCCUCCACGUGUCGGCCGCUGAACUCGGUGGAGCCCGCGACGGUGCCUUCCAUCCCCGAGGCACACAGCCUGUAUGUGAAUCUCAUCCUCUCCGAGUCCGUCAUGAAUCUCUUCAAAGACUGCAACUUCGACAGCUGCUGCAUUUGUGUUUGCAAUAUGAACAUCAAAGGUGCUGAUGUUGGAGUUUACAUUCCUGAUCCAACACAAGAGGCCCAGUAUAGGUGUACCUGUGGUUUCAGUGCUGUUAUGAAUAGAAAAUUUGGCAACAGUUCCGGGCUGUUUCUUGAAGAUGAGUUGGAUAUUCUGGGGCGAAACACGGAGUGCGGCAAAGAAGCGGAAAAACGCUUUGAAGCUCUCAGAGCUACUUCCAUUGAACACGGCAGUGGAGGGCUGAAAGAACCCGAGAAACUGCCCGAUGACUUGAUACUGUUGCUGCAGGAUCAAUGCACCAACCUGUUCUCACCCUUUGGAGCAGCAGACCAAGACUCCGUAGGCAAAGUUGGUGCCGUCAGCAACCUGGUACGUGUAGAAGAAAGGGAUUGUUGCAAUGACUGCUACUUAGCCUUGGAACAUGGACGGCAGUUCAUGGACAAUAUGUCAGGAGGGAAAGUUGAUGAAGCACUUGUGAAAACUACUUGCUUGCACCACUGGUCAAAAAGAAAUGUGGUGGAUGUGAGCAUGCAGUGUUCCCAGGACAUCCUGCGCAUGCUGCUCUCGCUGCAGCCCGUGCUGCAGGACGCCAUCCAGAAGAAGCGAACGGUCCGGUCCUGGGGCGUGCAGGGACCCCUCACGUGGCAGCAGUUCCACAAAAUGGCUGGGAGAGGCUCCUACGGAACUGAUGAGUCCCCAGAACCACUGCCAAUCCCAACAUUUUUGUUGGGAUACGAUUACGAUUUCCUGGUGCUGUCUCCAUUUGCAUUGCCCUACUGGGAGAGGCUGAUGCUGGAACCUUACGGAUCUCAGCGAGAUGUUGCUUACGUUGUGGUGUGCCCGGAGAACGAGGCUCUGCUCAACGGAGCCAAAAGCUUCUUUAGGGAUCUGACUGCAAUAUACGAGUCCUGCAGGCUUGGUCAGCACAGACCAAUCUGUAAGUUACUGCCUGAUGGGAUCAUGAGGGUUGGCCCUACAGCCUCCAAGAAGCUCUCAGAGAAGUUGGUCACAGAAUGGUUCUCACAGACAGCCAAUGCCAACAACGAUGCAUUCUCCAAACUCAAACUCUAUGCUCAAGUUUGCAGAUAUGAACUGGGUCCUUAUCUUGCUUCUCAGCCUUUGGACAAUUCUCUACUUUCCCAAACAAGCCUGGUCCCUCCCUCCAGCCAGGCAGCCUCUGCUCUGCCCCCAGUGACAGCCCCUGCUGCCAAUCCCAACACUCCGUCAUCGGCUCCCGCAGCUCCCACCAGCAGCACCAUCACAGUGACCUCCAGCAGUGCCAUGUCCUCUGCAGCCACUACAGCCAACUCCACCCUGACCACCACUGCCCCGUCCUCCUCCUCUGCCAGCCUGGGCAGUGGCAUUCCAACGAGCAAGCCUUCCUCAUUCCCACCUUUCAGCAAUAUGAACAAUACCACUCCUGCCUCCCUGCCCGCCCAGGCUGCACCAGUCCCAAAUGGGCAAACUGGGGGGCAGCAGCAGCAGCCAACACUGCAAACAGCAGGGAUGUCUGGAGACACGGCUGCAGCACCUGCACAGCCCCAUCCAGAGGUUUCUGAAAGCACUAUGGAUCGUGAUAAAGUCGGAGUCCCCACAGAUGGAGAUUCACAUGCUAUCACCUAUCCACCUGCAAUUGUAGUUUACAUAAUUGAUCCUUUCACAUAUGAAAAAAAGGAUGAGAACAGUAGCUCAUCCAGUUUGUGGACACUUGGACUUCUGCGCUGCUUUCUGGAGAUGGUUCAGGUUCUUCCUCCCCACAUCAAGAACAUCAUUUCUGUGCAGAUUGUCCCAUGUCAGUACCUGCUCCAGCCUGUGAAACACGAGGACCGCCAGAUUUACACUCAGCAUUUAAAAUCUUUGGCAUUUUCAGCUUUCACUCAGUGUCGGAGACCUCUCCCAACUUCCACCAACGUGAAAACCUUAACUGGCUUUGGCCCAGGGUUAGCCAUGGAAACUGCUCUUAGGAGCCCUGAUAGACCUGAGUGUAUUCGACUCUACACCCCUCCUUUUAUACUGGCUCCAGUAAAGGACAAGCAAACAGAGCUGGGAGAAACCUUUGGAGAAGCUGGCCAGAAGUAUAAUGUGCUUUUUGUGGGCUACUGUUUGUCUCAUGAUCAGAGGUGGCUGCUUGCAUCCUGUACAGACCUCUAUGGAGAGCAGUUAGAAACUUGCAUAAUUAAUAUUGAUGUACCAAACAGAGCUCGCAGGAAAAAGGGUUCUGCUCGCAGACUUGGUCUCCAGAAACUCUGGGAAUGGUGCUUGGGACUUGUGCAGAUGAGCUCUUUGCCAUGGAGAGUUGUCAUAGGCCGCUUGGGAAGAAUAGGACACGGGGAAUUAAAAGACUGGAGCUGUUUGCUGAGCCGCCGGAACCUGCAGUCCCUGAGCAAGAGGCUGAAGGACAUGUGCAGGAUGUGUGGCAUCUCUGCUGCAGACUCCCCCAGCAUUCUCAGUGCUUGCUUGGUGGCCAUGGAACCCCAGGGAUCCUUCAUUAUUAUGCCAGAUUCCGUGUCCACGGGCUCCGUGUUCGGGCGCAGCACCACUCUGAACAUGCAGACGUCUCAGCUGAACACGCCCCAGGACACGUCCUGCACUCACAUCCUGGUGUUCCCCACCUCUGCCUCUGUGCAAGUGGCAUCAUCCACUUACACCACUGAGAACCUGGAUCUGGCCUUUAACACAAACAAUGAUGGAGCAGAUGGAAUGGGAAUCUUUGACUUGUUAGACACUGGAGAUGACCUUGAUCCUGAUAUUAUAAAUAUUCUUCCUGCAUCUCCUGGUGGAUCCCCUGUGCAUUCUCCAGGGUCCCACUACCCCCAUGGAGGUGAUAUGGGCAAGGGUCAAGGCACAGAUCGAUUGCUUUCCACAGAAUCUCAUGAUGAAGUAACAAAUAUACUGCAGCAGCCACUGGCCCUCGGAUAUUUUGUGUCAACUGCCAAAGCAGGUCCAUUGCCUGACUGGUUUUGGUCAGCGUGUCCUCAAGCACAAAAUCAGUGUCCCUUGUUUCUUAAGGCCUCUUUGCACCUCCACGUGCCUUCAGUGCAAUCAGACGAGCUACUCCACAGUAAACACUCCCAUCCACUUGAUUCUAAUCAAACUUCUGAUGUGCUCAGGUUUGUUCUGGAACAGUACAAUGCACUCUCCUGGCUAACCUGUGAUCCUGCAACCCAGGACAGACGGUCAUGUCUCCCAAUUCAUUUUGUGGUGCUGAAUCAGUUGUAUAACUUUAUCAUGAAUAUGCUGUGAUCUUCAUCUGAAUUUUGCAAGACAAAAAUGAGGAAAAGGGAUAUUUCACUGCAGGACUAAGUUAUAAUUCUUCUCAGUGCAAGUUGUUUGUGAUGGGGUAUGAAUCUUGUUACUUCCAGCAAAUAUUGUUCUGACUUGUGAGAGGGGCACCCACUGCCCUGCUGUCUUUGAGUCACUGACUAUGGGGGACGCUUCAGAAUGAUGAUCAGAAAGUGUAUUAUAACGUUUUUAGUAGCAAAAUUAACCAUUUUUCCCCAGCCACAGUAUUUGUGAAGAGUAAUGAGCCAUAGUACCCAGUCAUGGUUAAUGAAUUUUAAAAGCAUGGAGAUGAGAAGAAACAUGAGGAACAAUUAAGUUUCAACCUAUGGCUUCAGAACAUCAAGAUGUUCUUGUAUUGGAUUAUAGUACUUAGUAUUCAAAAAUGCCUGCAUCUCUUAUUUAUUGUAAGUUUUUAAAUGUAUAAAUUGUCUUAUAUUUCUUAACCUCUUUUAUAAAAAUUUUCCUAGAAGGUUUAUACUGCCUUCUUGCUUUAAAGCAAUUGGUCUAAAAUAUAUGUAAUCGUCUUAAUUAAAAGUUGCAGUAGGUUGCUUUUAGAGUAUUAUUUUUUUGUAAGGGGUGGGGGGGGGGACAGUAAAUUUGUAUUGUCUUGAUGUACAGUUUAAUGGGGAUAGAGGGGUUAAUGUCCAUACCAUUGUGUGUGGGGGAUUUACAGCUAAGCUGUAGUUGCAGAGUACAUGUACAGUAAUGAAGUUCACUGUGUUUAUAUAAAUUGAAAAGGUACCGGGUCUUACAGCAUUUUAUAUCACACCUUUACAGAGUAACAAUGGCAAUAUAUAAGUGAUAUUGUAGGUGGUUUAACUUGUAGUGAGAAUAACAUGAAUAAACUCUUCAAUUGAAGUUUGUGUUAUGGUUCAGGGCUGCGGCUAGAUUCUCAGAUCCACUUCCAGGACACAAGUUUUAAUAUCACAAGAACAUCUCUUGUGCAUUGUUGCUCCCUGGAUAUUCUUGGCACUGUGCUCACUGCAUUGUUUGCUUCCACUUUUGUGAUAAAAUGCGAAUGAAUCUGAGGCGGAACACACAGAAAACUCUGCCCUUAUCCAAAGUCUCCUGCCAGGCUGAAAUUUAGCCCAGCUCUAACCAUUUUACAAAUGCAAAAAUAGUCAAUCUUGACUUUAAGAUUGGUGUGUGUUUAACUAAAAUGUGGUGUAUAUAGAUUCUCAGUGAAUUCUGGUAUUCAGAUUUUAUUCCACUAGUGAAAAAACAGCACGAAACCCUGAACAUUUUCCUUUUCCAUGUAUUUUUGGCACUGUGGCGAAGGUCCCAAGUAUCAAUGUAUGGCCUUCCCCAUAUCCCAUUUUCAGGCUCUGGCUGGGGCAUGUGCCAAGGAGGCUUUGCCUUCCCCGAGGAAGGGACUGACAAACCACAAGGCUUUCCUAAACGUCUCCCUCUAUCUACAGUCACCAUUUCUUCUCAGUAGUUUCCUUCCUUUUUUCCUAGCACAUGCCAAAUGUCUGUGGCUGCUCUAAAAUAGCCCCUACGGGUGCUGAAGAGCAGCUGCAGAUGCUUUUUCUGGGUUCCUUAUCUGACUGCCAGAUGAAAAACUGAACUCCUGCAGCGCUCCCAGGAGCCUGUCACGAUAACCCAAGUCCUGGGUCUUAAUAUUGUCUGUCUCGCUGGUUUAAACCUGUAAAGGAGCAAGUUUUAAGAUCUAUUUGUGCACCUGCUGUUAACCCCUCUACAAGGAAGAAUUUGCUUGCAUUUACCAAACUUACUGUGUUCAUGAAAAUCUCGUUUCGUAAAUGCAAAAGACCUGCCUGAGGUGAUUUUUUUUUUUUCGUAUGAACAGUCUCACUGAAUCGUGUACAUACAAUAUUAGCAACUUUUUUGGUUUUGUAUAAAGAAGUUGUACAAUU